GUUUAGCCUACUCCAAAAAUCUUUCUUUCCAAGAAAUUCAAUACCCACCUGCAUGUUUUCGCUUUCCAGAAGAACUCUUUUCACACUGCACUUUUUAUGUAUUUCUUUAAUCAAUCUGUCUCUCUUUUCAUAAAAUAUGGGUUUUUUCGUUGGUGAACUAAAAUCCAGCCGCCUCGGAUUGACUUUCCCUAGAUCAUGGAAUGCUCGUUGUGGCCUUGGAUACUCCCAUCAUCAUAUCUCCUUUUUAGAUUCUGGGUCUCUCUUAAAGGCUAAUUUCAGAGUGAAACUCUGUGAAAGGAAGAAGUUUGUUCCUUCUAGGUACAAGGGUGAGGAACUUGGAACUUUGGGGCUAUGGGUUGCUUCCACUUCUCCGACAGAGAAAAAAAUGAUGAUCAGAAGCCUACAAAAUCUUUCUCUGUUCGUUCUUCCACUUCCACUUCAAUAUCAACUGAUCUUGACAUGAAGAGAUCUGGGUCAGAGUUCAAUUCUCAGAAUGUCUCAGAUUUCAGCAUGGAAUCGUCCACCUUGAACUCCGUCGCUCUUCAUUCUCAAAGACACGGUAAUCUCAGAGUCUUCACAUUCUCGGAGUUGAAGACGGCAACAAAGAACUUCAGCCGUUCCCUCAUGAUUGGAGAGGGUGGAUUUGGUUGUGUAUAUAGGGGUGUAAUCCGUAGUGCAGAAGAUCCAAGCAAAAAAAUAGAUAUUGCUGUUAAACAACUCAGUAAAAGAGGCUUACAGGGACACAAGGAGUGGGUGACAGAAGUAAAUGUUUUAGGAGUUGUUAAACAUCCAAAUCUAGUAAAUUUAGUUGGCUAUUGCGCUGAGGAUGAUGAAAGAGGAAUACAGCGGCUGCUAAUAUAUGAAUAUAUGCCAAACAGGAGUGUGCUGGAUCACUUGUCAAGUCGGUUUCAGACAUCAAUUCCUUGGGUCACAAGAAUGAAAAUCGCCUUGGAUGCUGCCCGAGGCUUGACAUACCUACAUGAAGGGAUGGAAUUUCAGAUUAUCUUUAGAGAUUUCAAGUCUUCUAACAUACUUCUGGAUGACCAAUGGAAAGCAAAGUUGUCAGACUUUGGAUUGGCCAGGCUGGGGCCUUCAGAUGGCUUAAGUCACGUCUCAACUGCGGUUGUAGGAACAAUUGGAUAUGCGGCUCCUGAAUACAUUCUAACUGGGCGUCUCACAACUAAAAGUGAUGUGUGGAGCUAUGGAGUUUUCCUGUACGAACUAAUCACUGGUAGGCGUCCUUUGGAUCGGAACCGCCCCAAGAACGAGCAAAAACUACUGAAAUGGGUCAGACAACACCUCUCUGAUCUGAAGAAGUUCGAGUUGAUUUUAGACCCUAGGCUCGAAGGGAACUACUCUAUCAAGUCUGCUCAAAAGCUUGCAGCUGUCGCUAACCAUUGCUUGGCACGGCAGGCUAAAGCUCGGCCCAAAAUGAGUGAAGUCCUGGAGAUGGUGAGUAACAUUGUGGAGGCAACAGAUAUUGAAAGCCCCCAACAUCCAGUAGAGAACAUCACCACUCCAAAAGAUGCUUCUAAAACGACAACUGAAAAAGAAGGCACAAGAAGGAGGUUACUGGAUCCAUUGCUUGGAGAGAGAUGGUGGCUUAGAUGGCGAACAUGGAGAUCCGGCAACGGAGAGAAAUGAAGACGGAUGUAGAAAAGAUGGAAUCCAAGCUUGUGAAAACAUUUUAUAGAGAAGCCAACCUGAGCAAAGGGGACAAUAGACUGACUAGUCUCUCUUCUUUGUCAAUGUAAAUAUUACUACACUGUUUUGUGUAUCCAGAGGAAAAAUUGUAGAGACAUUAUCAAGAUCAAGAAUGGGAUGCUAUUUUGAGGUCA